AGUGAAAAAAAUAGUGAAGAAUCGAGGCUCGUUACGUUUUUCCCUGUGGGGCGGAGGUUCUUUGCCUGGUGACACCCAAACCUGAAGCGAACCCACGCUGUUCGCCGACCCGUCCACUGCUGCUCCGGCCAGCCAUGAGGGUCCUCGCGCUCCUCCUCCUACUAUGGAUCUCUGCCGCCGCCACUGCAUCCCGUCCGCCGCUCGAGACCCUCGGCAUCCCUCCGCAAGAUGAGGCGUACUACAGGGGCGGCGUGAUCAAGUGCAGGGACGGAUCGGGCAAGUUCACCAGGGAUCAGCUCAACGACGACUUCUGCGACUGUCCCGACGGCACCGACGAGCCAGGGACAUCCGCGUGCCCGGAGGCGAAAUUCUACUGCAAGAAUACCGGACAUUCUCCAAUCACCAUCUUCUCGUCGCGAGUGAAUGAUGGUAUAUGCGAUUGCUGUGACGGGAGUGACGAAUACGGUAGCAAUGGCACUUGCAAGAAUACAUGCUGGGAAGCUGGCAAGGCGGCGAGGGAGAAGUUAAAGAAGAAAGUAGCUACAUAUAAAAGUGGUGUCGUUAUUCGGAAUCAGGAAGUUGAAAAGGCCGAAUUGGCAAUUGCGAAAGAUGAAGCAGAGUUAACAAAACUGAAGGGUGAAGAGAAGAUACUCCAGGGGCUUGUCGACAAGCUCAAAGAGCAAAAGAGAUUAAUAGAAAAGGCAGAGGAAGAGGAGCGCCUAAUAAAAGAGAAGGAAGAAAAGAGAAUUAAAGAAGAAGCUGAAAAACAAGCAGCUGAGGAAAACAAAGCACCUGAUGCCUCUCAGGAAGCAGAUUCUCAGGACACUAAUGAGAAGGCACAAGAAGAUGAAAGCAAGGUUGGUGGUUCUUCCUAUAUAUUGUUUGACCCCUUGUCCAUCUAUUCCAUGUUGGUUACUAUCACCUCAGUUUGAAGAACUACUAGAACU